UUUGUUGAAUUAAAAACGGAAAUUCGGGAUUUUCGACUGGGUAUAAAAGCUUCGAACUUUCAACGUAAGAUCACAUUCGAACCUUCCCCAAAAUGAAAGUGAUUAUUUGCGUUGUUGCACUUCUUGGCCUGAGUCUAGCCGACUCAUCGCUAGUUAGUGAUAUCGAUUUGGCAAAUGUCACCCACGGCACCAUCGGCGGUAGAAUCGUUGGUGGUGUGCCGGUAGAUAUCAGGAAUUUCCCCUACCAAGUGGCGAUCCUUCGCAACGGAGCACAAAUCUGCGGAGGCACCCUUAUCUCUGCCAGAUGGGUAGUCACAGCGGCCCAUUGCUUGGACAGCGAAAUCAUCACCAGUGUCACCCAAUUGAAUGUGCGCGUGGGUUCCACCGUUCAUAACAGCGGAGGCCAGAGAAUAGCCGCCCAAUCCUACAGGCUGCACGAGAAUUAUAGACUAAGACAAGUGGAUUACGACAUCGCUCUCAUCUACCUGGCAUCCGCUGUGACAUCUCCGAAUGCGGCUGCGAUCGCUUUGGAUCCCGCAACCAGAGACUAUUCCGCAGGUGAAGUUACCACCAUUUCAGGAUGGGGAGACCUUUGGGAAGGCGCAAGACAAGGUUCACUCACACUUCAGGCUGUUCAGGUUCCUGUAGUAUCCCGUACCAGUUGCCGUAACAUAUACGGUUCCGUCAUUACCAGCAGAGUGUGGUGCGCAGGUACUGCCGCAGGAGGUGGACGUAGGGACUCCUGCCAGGGUGACUCCGGUGGCCCUGCUAUUGUCGCAGGAAGAUUCGCAGGCGUGGUCAACUUCGGAGCCGGUUGCGCCAGACCCGGAUUGCCCGGAGUUUACGCUAGCAUUCCCUUCUACAGGAACUGGAUCAGGACCCACAGCGGAAUUUGCCCAAAUCCCCAACGUACGGAUCACAUUCAAACCUUCGUCAAAAUGAAAGUGACUAUUUGCGUUCUUGCACUCUUUGGCCUGAGUCUAGCCGACUCAUCGCUAGUUAGUGGUAUCGACUUCGCGAAUGUCACCCACGGCACCAUCGGCGGUAGAAUCGUUGGAGGGGUACCGGUAGACAUCAGAGAUUUCCCCUACCAAGUGGCAAUCCUUCGCAACGGUGCACAAAUCUGCGGAGGCACCCUUAUCUCGGCCAGAUGGGUCGUCACAGCGGCCCAUUGUCUGGACAGCGACGUAAUCACCAGUGUCACCCAAUUGAAUGUGCGCGUUGGUUCCACCGUUCAUAACAGUGGAGGCCAGAGAAUAGCCGCGCAAUCCUACAGGCUGCACGAGAAUUACAGACUCAACUCGGUAGACUAUGACAUCGCUCUCAUCUACCUGGCAUCGGCCGUGACAUCCCAAAAUGCCGCCGCCAUCGCUUUGGAUCCCGCAACCAGAGACUAUUCCGCAGGUGAAGUUAGUACCAUCUCUGGAUGGGGAGACCUUUGGGAAGGCGCUAGACAAGGGUCGAUCACCCUUCAAGCUGUUCAGGUUCCUGUAGUAUCCCGCACGAGCUGCCGUAACGUAUACGGUUCCGUCAUCACUGACAGGGUGUGGUGCGCUGGUACAGCCGCAGGAGGCAGGGACUCCUGCCAGGGUGAUUCCGGUGGCCCUGCUAUUGUCGCAGGAAGAUUCGCAGGAGUGGUCAACUUCGGAGCCGGUUGCGCCAGACCCGGAUUGCCCGGAGUUUACGCGAGCAUUCCCUUCUACAGGAACUGGAUCAGGACCCACAGCGGAAUUUAA